GUUUGCACGGUUACACCGUUAUAAUACAAGCCUUAAUCCCCACUUUUGUCUCUCACAAUCGCUCUCAAUCUUUCCAGAUUUUCUCCCAAACCGUUCAAACCCGUAUCGCGUGUCAAAUUGUUCUUCUGAUUUUCUCAUUGAUCGCGAUUAUCGCAUCUCAAAUCGAACUUGAAUCAGAGAAGACGUUGAAUUUUUGAAAAGUGAGAAAAGAGGGAUUCUGGAACGUCUCUAUCGUGGUUUGUCAGUACCCUAUCUCAAACGAAAAUGUCAUCUUUAUAUGGAGGGGAAUCCAAGAGGUACAAUAAUAUACCCAGAGGACACCAUCAUUUGACAACACAGAAGAAACAGGAGAUUAGGGAAGCCUUUGAAUUAUUCAAUACUGAUGGCUCAGGUACUAUUGAUGCCAAGGAUCUGAAUGUUGCCAUGAGGGCCCUUGGAUUUGAAAUGACAGAAGAGCUCAUUAAUCAAAUGAAAGCAGAUUUGGACAAGGAUGGAAGUGGAGCAAUUGAUUAUGAAGAAUUUGAGUACAUGAUGACAACCAAAAUAGGAGAGCGGGACAGUAAAGAGGGAAAGAUAUCUGCAUCAGACAUCAAGUGCAUUGCGAAAGAGCCAGGUCAAAAUUUCACUAACAGAGACAUUCAGGAGAUGGUUGACGAAGCAGACCAAGAUAAUUGUCCUGAAGUUAGUGCAGAGGAGUUUAUAAGGAUGUUGUUCGAUCCCCCCUACUACGGCCACUAAUCGUACAGAAAUUAAUGCAGUCAUAUUUUCAUAAAUUUAAAUUGGAGAUGCUAGUUAUGAUCAAACAACCUCGAACCUCGAAGUUAUCGUGUGUAAUUUUUAAUUUCUUUUAUCAAUCUAUAUAUUGUUCAUUUUCAUAAAUUUAAAUUGGAGAUCCUAGUUAUGAUCAAACAACCUCGAAGUUCUCGUGUUUAGUUGUUA